AUGUACUUGGCUUAAAUUUAUUUGCCAAAUUCGUCUGAUUUGGUAAGUUUAACGUAACAUGUAUAAUCCUUAUUAAGUGUUCGAAAAUUUGUCAAAAAUUAUUCAUAAAAGACCAACCAAAAUGUUACCCAACGUUUUUCUUUGGAUGCUGUGAACAUAUAUCAUUUUUACUGACCUAUUAAAGAUAAUAUAUAAACAAAUAUCAAAGGUACAAAUAUGAGAGUAGUAGCAUUAAUCAGCGGCGGAAAGGAUAGCUGUUAUAACAUGAUGCAGUGUAUAGCGGCAGGCCAUGACAUUGUUGCAUUGGCAAACUUAAAACCACAGAGUAAAGAUGAGUUGGAUAGCUAUAUGUAUCAAAGUGUUGGUCACCAAGCAGUAGAAUUAUAUGCAGAAGCAAUGGGCCUUCCAUUGUUCAGGCAACGAACAAAUGGAGUUGCAUUGCAACAAGAAAAAAUUUAUACUCAUACUCCUGAAGAUGAAGUUGAAGAUUUGUUUGAUCUCCUUGCUAAUAUUAAAACACAAAUUGAAUUUGAUGCUGUAGCUGUAGGUGCUAUACUUUCUGAUUAUCAGCGUCUACGUGUUGAAGAUGUGUGUUCAAGAUUAGGUAUUUGCUCUCUGUCAUAUUUGUGGCGUCGUGAUCAAAAAGAAUUGCUACAGGAAAUGAUUGAUUGCAAUAUUGAAGCAAUUGUUAUUAAAGUAGCAGCACUUGGAUUAGAUCCUACAAAACAUUUGGGAUUGCGAAUUGAUAAGCUAAUGCCACAUUUAGUUAAAAUGAAUGAAAAAUAUGGCUUAAAUAUAUGUGGCGAAGGUGGAGAAUACGAAACAUUCACUCUAGACUGUCCUUUGUUCACCAAAUCGGUGAUCAUUGAAGAGUUUGAAACUGUAAUGCAUACCAAUGAUACAAUUGCUCCUGUGGGAUAUAUAAAUUUUAAAAAAUUUUGCUUAUUAAAAAAACCGAAUGUUGAUGAGAAUCAAAGUUUUCGUGAUCGUAUGGCUUGUUAUCGUGUGCGCAGUCCUUUAGCUCAUUUGAUGGAUUUGGAUGAUUUAGAAAUAGAUCUUGGUACUGUUACUGAUGGUGACAAUUUUGAUGAUGAUGCUUCAGAAAAUAAUAGUAUCAUUAUUGAUCAGACUGAUGGUCAAGUAUGUUUUGGGGAACUUAUAGAGACAGAUUCUGUAUCUUGUAUUGGUUAUCCAAAUGGAUGGACUUGGAUUAAUUCAUUGACUGGUUAUUGGGUUGGUGAUAAAUCUCCAGUUAUAGUUGCUCUUGAGAAAUUAAGAGAUUUGUUACAGGAAAGAAAUUUAGAGUUAACUGAUGUUGUUGCUGUUACUUUAUAUGUUCGUGACAUGACUGAGUUUCUUAGUAUGAAUGCACAAUAUGCUUCAAUAAUGUGUAGAAUUAGUCCUCCUGUGAGAGUUUGUGUAGAAAUACCUCUUUCAGAGUACACACCUAUUCUUAUAGAUGUUGUUGCUUAUAAACCACCAUCCAAGUCAUCUUCAAAUUCAAACCUCCCAUCAAUGUCUAAACAUACAAUGCAUGUACAAAGUAUAUCUCAUUGGGCGCCUGCUAAUAUUGGACCAUAUAGUCAAGCUAUUCGAGUUGGUGAUAUUAUUUAUGUUGCUGGGCAGAUUGCUCUUGUACCGGGUACUUUGAGUAUAGUUGAAGGUGGAAUCAGGCAACAAUGUCGACUAUCUUUACGACACGUUAGCAGAAUUAUCAAAGCAGUUGACCCUAAUAUACAACUUAGAGAUGUUGUUCAAGGCAUAUGUUAUGUAACUCAUACCAAAUAUAUUCAUGCUGCUAGAACUGAAUGGGAGAAAAGGACGAAUAAUGCUAUUGUAGAUUAUAUAGUAGUAUCACGAUUACCAAAAAAUGCUAUAGUAGAAUGGCAUUUAUGGGCACAUAGACAUAAUGCUAGAUUUGAAUAUGAAGAAACAGGUUGUUGCGUUGAUAAUUAUAGGGUGUCAAUACGCCGACGUUGGAACUAUGAAAACAAUGUAGCUGCAAUUGUUACAUAUAUUUCAUCUGGAUCAUGUACUUCAUUAUCAGCUAUAACUGAUUCAUUAGAUACAUCUACUGAGUCUAUAUCUGCCAUUGGUCUAGAGGAGGCUUUCCGUUACUCUUUAAAACGACUCCUGCGUGGAGAACCAACUUCGACACCAACUGAUGCUAUUUGCUCGUUAAGAAUAUUUUACAAAGUAUCGCAAGAUCAAAAACCUAUAUGUCGACAACUUAUUAAUGCUACAUUGAAUAAUUUAAGAGUUGAAUAUCGAAUAGUUGCAACCGUCAUACCUGUAUUACAUUUGCAUCACCCCAAUACAUUUGUAUCAAUUUGUGCGCUGAGGCAUAAUACCUGAGAUCCAUUAUUAUACAAUAAUUGACAUAAUCGCACACUAGAAUAAGGAACAAAGACAAUGCCAGCUGUUCCAUUAAUAGAUAAUAAUAAUCAGCUUCAUAUAAAUAUUUUGUAAACCUAUGAAUAGUAAUGGCUAAAAAUGUAUUAGAU